CAGAUGACUUUAUGAGGAAGGUGGUAAUGCCAGACUGGCCCAAAAUCAUUGUGGUGGCUGAUGGCUCCCAUGGAGAGACCUGCUCAGUGCUGGGGCUCAGUCCAGACUAUAUGGUGGAAUCCUGCAAUGCUUAUGGGGCUAAUGCUGCCAUCACAAGACUGGACCAGAGACAGGUGCCCACACCAGAAAUCCGAGCCCACAACGUCUACCUGGAUCUCUCUGCUUAUGGGAUUGAGUUCACUUCUGCAGUGAAGGAAUCCCCAAGCUCUCAUCAGGCAGUCAAACAGCCAGCUUUCCACCUAAAAAUCUAUGGAACCUUCCGCCACCGAUACAUUGCUUUGGCAUGUCCAGCUUCUGAUUCCAAAGUUGUUAGAUUUCUCCGUCAUACUCUCAGCUCCUCAAUCAUGAAGACCAUCUUCCACCAAGUGUUCAACACCUACAAGAUGGACAUUGAGCCCCGUGUGAGGGACGCCGCUGUGUCCCGGGUGCAGUGCAGCAGAAGGCUCUUUGAGAUCACGCUCUCCCACCGGCGGGCCACCGCUGCCUACAUCCAGGGCGGAGGCAGGGUGGUCACUGUGGAGGGGGAGGCAGCUCGAGUACUCAACUUUGACAUGGGAUCUGGGGUGAAUCUUGGGUUCCAGGGCCUGGAGUCUUUGGAAGAAUUCAUUGGCAAGAUCGCGACAGCCGUCGAUCAGAGCGACAUCCUGGAAGCUUUGGCUGCCAAAAUAAGACACUCUAAACAGGUGGUGGAAGACUUUAAACAGAAUGGACUCCUCGCCGCAAUUUUUGAGUGACUGGGGGCAACACGACU